GAUAGAUUGGAUGAAAUAUACAAUAUAGGAACUUGCUUGACUGUAACAGAGUUUGAGAAAUCAUGGUUCAAAAUAGGCUUGGCACCAGAGACCUUGCGACGGACUAACCUUGGGGAGUUGAAAGUGGGUGAUAAAGUAAAUCUCGAGCGUGCUGUUUCGGCAGGCAUAAGAUUUGGUGGUCAUUUCGUGCAGGGUCAUGUCGAUACAACAGCAACGAUAACCUCCAAAACUCCCGAUGGCAACUCACUCUAUAUCAAACUGACGUUGACAGAUCCAUCGUAUAUAAAGUACAUAAUUCCCAAAGGAUACAUAUCAAUUGACGGAACUUCCCUUACGAUUAUCGAUGUCAACGAUGCCGAGGCAUGGUUUACGAUUAUGUUGGUCGCGUACACUCAGGAACACGUUAUAUUCCCGUUAAAGAAAAUAGGAGAUAAGGUUAACAUUGAAGUUGACAUGUUGGGCAAAUAUGUCGAAAAAAUCGUCAGUGGAAUGCUUAAAGGCGAUGGCGACGGCGCAGAUGGAUAUCUGGAAAAUAUUGUAAAGAAAUAUAUGGACUCUAGAGGAAAGACCUAG